AUGACAACGCUGGGCGAUGCCGAAAGACCUGCGAAGAGAAGGAUCAUCGCAGCCCCGUCGCAUAGUGCCAUGCAUUCCGCCGAGACUGCGACGACCUUUUCACCGGAGGGUUAUAAGAAGGCUGCCGCUCCAUCAGUAGUCUCAGAGUCUAAAACAGUCCCGCUGAGCGAUGAGGAUGAACUUAUAUUUCCUCCUGCUCCAAGUGGCGCUUUUAUGCGAAGGUACAUCAAGGCGAAGCAGGAUAUUGAAGACAGGCACAAGCAAAGACUAUCUACUAUCGACAGUUACUAUGAAGGUGUCGACAUGACUACUAUACUCCCCAGAGAUGUUCGGGCUAUUAUUGAUGCUGGAUCUGUACGGGACUUCGCGUUGGCUAGGGCUUGGGACGAUUGCCUCAAGGUAGUGAGCGAGGUCACAUGUCCUUACUGCUUUCAUGUGCUACCAAUCCGUGAGGUCGUUGACGAAUUGAAAUGGAACCAUCCGGGCAUGUUUACUGACGAUCAACUCGGCAUUCUGGCUGAUCAAAACGGCUGCAAGGCCGGUCCGCUGUUCAAGGCUUGUCCACUUUGCGGUGAAGAAAAGCCGCAACCAUCCAUGAUUGAUCACCUAGUCGGCCACAUGCGAUUCUUGGCCCUCAAAUCACUGCCACCUCAUCAAGAUGAUACCGGUGAUUUAUGUGAAACCGACGAGGAACAGGAUAAAUGGAGUUCGACUCGACCCUCUAGUAGAAGUACUAUUGAGAACGCUUCAGUGGACGAUUUCACAUUCUCAUUUACUGGUGUCCCAGACAGACUUCCUGAAGGGCUUUUCACUUUUGGUCGUUAA